AUGUUGGAGUGGGCUGCGUUCUCAAACCUCAUAUUAGCGGCAAAGACCAAAGAUCUGGGCUUCGGAGAAUGUGCUCCGGGUUGCUACUUGAAUAGUGAGGGUCAAAAGCAUCCUAUCGUCGUCGUUCAAAUUGAUGGUUCCACCAUUUCAUAUGUUCAGAUGACCGCUAAGCAAAUGGAAUCGGAUGAGGAGACAGGAACUCUUUAUUCCCCCAUCAAACACUACUUCACUACUCCAAAGGAGGAUAAAAAAUUAAGGAAGCUUGCCUCAACCCCGGUUCGGUCCAACUACUUCCUCCGCGCACUGCAAUGGGAAAAAGACACAAUUAAUAAUGUCCGAAACAAGAUUUUUGGCCACCCAAACCUCGAGCUAGAAAAAUAUUCUGAGUUGCGACUCCCCCACGUUUACGAACUACCCCUGAAGAGAUUCAAGCCUUUCGGAGGCUCUGAAGCGAGGGCAAUUGAUCAUAGGCUGGAUGAAGGAUCUUAUUAUAGACUUAUGGACAGACUUGGCUUGGAAGCAAGUCGUUAUCCCACCGACGCUGAGUUGUUGGGACUCCCUGAGAAAUGUUGCAACACACAAGUCACAAAUGCUUCUACGCCACAGCAUCAUCCUCCACAGAGUCGCGAGAUAUCCACUGGGACUUUGCCUGAUAGUGCAAAAGCCCGUCGUGCAGCCGCAAAACGUGCGAAACGGACGAGACCGAUCUCGGCGCCAAUCAAGCUGACUGCGUCUAUGUGUUUGGAAUCCACAGAUGAUCUUUAA